AUGAAAGCCGGCACAGCUAUAGCAGCACUCGUCCAUUGGUGCUCGUUCUUGCGAUCAAGCGAUCGGUCGAUGACGCUUGACGGCGGCAUGCCAGCCACCACCGACGGCGCCGGCGUGCCCCCGGCCGCAGAGAGGGGCGGCAGCGGCUGCGGUGCCCGCGUGGCGCCGGAGGUGGUGGUGGAGCGGGAUGGCGGUAGCGGUGCCGGCGCUACAAUCCCUGCGACGGAGAGGGCUGCCGCCGUGGCGAUCCCUGCGAUGGAGAGGGACGGCGGCGGCUCUGCCGGCGUGGCGCCGACUGAGGCGGAGAGCGACGGCGGCGGGAGGAGCUGCGGCGAGCACUGCGUCAUCCAGGUGGUGGAGGAGUCGUGCUGCGCGCGGUGCGUGUGCGUGGGCCCGAACCCGAUGAUGGCGCGGUACGUGUACGCGCUCAUCUUCCUGGUGACCAACCUGCUGGCCUGGACGGUCCGCGACUACGGCCACUCGGUGCUGGGCGAGCUCCGGCGGCUCAAGGGCUGCCAGGGCGCGCGCUACUGCCUGGGCGCCGAGGGCGUGCUGCGCAUCAGCCUCGGCUGCUUCCUCUUCUUCUUCGUCAUGUUCCUGUCCACCAUGAAGACGCGGAAGGUGCACGACUGCCGCAACUCGUGGCACUCCGAGUGGUGGCCCGUCAAGAUCGUGCUCUGGAUGGCCCUCACCGCCGUCCCCUUCUUCGCGCCCUCGCCGCUCAUCCAGCUCUACGGGAAGGUGGCACAUUUCGGAGCAGGGGCGUUCCUCGUGAUCCAGCUCAUCAGCGUGACCAGGUUCAUCACGUGGCUCAACGACUGCUGCCGAUCGGAGCUGAACCUCAAGAGAUGCCACAUGCAGGUGCUGGUGGUGUCGAUCGUGACGUACGUGGGGUCCAUCCUGGGGAUCGUGCUCAUGUACAUCUGGUACGCGCCCACGUCGGCCUGCAAGCUCAACAUCCUCUUCAUCACCGUCACCCUCGCGCUGGUGCAGCUCAUGACAUUCGUCUCCGUCAACUCCAAGGUGAAGGCGGGGUACCUGGCGCCGGGGCUGAUGGGGAUCUACAUCGUGUUCCUCUGCUGGUCCGCGAUCAGAAGUGAGCCGCACACGGAGAUGUGCAACAGGAAAGCAGCGGUCGCGACGAGCGCAGACUGGCUCAACAUCGCGAGCUUCGUGAUCGCCGUGAUCGUCGUCGUCGCGGCCACCUUCUCGACAGGGAUAGACUCAAAGUGUAUCCAGUUCAAGAGCGCCGAGACGGAGUCCGAGGACGACGACAUCCCGUACGGGUUCGGCUUCUUCCACUUCGUGUUCGCCAUGGGCGCCAUGUACUUCGCCAUGCUCUUCAUCGGCUGGAACGCGCAUCAGGAAAUGGAGAAGUGGACGAUCGACGUGGGCUGGGCGAGCACGUGGGUGCGCGUCGGCAACGAGUGGCUGGCGGCGAUCACGUACAUAUGGAUGAUCGUCGCUCCGAUCGUGUGGAAGCGGAGGCAGGUGGGGUCCUCGUCCACGUGUGCGUGA